GCUGUUGCGUCAAGUGCUGUUUCUUGUUUUCGUUUAUUGCUGUUUAUUUUAAUAGCUUUCUUGUUUGUCCGUAAAAAUGAACGAAGAAAUAGACGAAUAUGAUAUUUACCAUCAAGACUUUACCACUGCUUCAGAAUGGGAGGUGUUGAUAGCUAGAUUCGAAGAAGUGAUAUCAGAGUGGCAUUUGUCCAAAGCCAAAUUCCAAUAUGAUUGUGAGUACACAAAGAAGUGGGCAAUAAAAUCUGAAGAAAUAAAAUUUCGGGGACAGAGCUUUAUGCUUUCUUAUCAUUAUCUAGAAACACAACCAUCAACAUCGAAAUUAAGAUGUGAUGACUCCUCAUUAUUCAUCACAGAAUUACAUAAAAAUCUGUGGGAUGCCACAUCAAUGUUUAUGGACGAUACAGACGCAAGUCCUUACCCUAUUUCCAAUUGGUUUGGGCUGAAAAACUACCUUAUGUUAUACCCUAAGGGCCCCUUAGUGGAUGGAAGCAUUAUUAAACUGAUUUUGAGUUCUGUGAAUAUUGCAUUUGCUAAUAUUGACUGUUCUGUGCCGUUUUUUGUUAAGAUCCGAGAACAUUGGCAGCAUAAUUACCUUGGUAUUUACGAAGAUAAUGAUUACAAAAUGAAUUUUGAUACAAUACAUUUGAAGCGGAUAUCUAACCAGUGUUCACAUCUCAGUGGCCUAGUGAGUUUAUUUAAAUCAAAAAUAUCAUCUCCUGUGCCCUUAGACGCAGUUAUUAUAUCAGCUAAGUUUUCAUAUGAAAUGAAGGAUUCAGAAUCAUUCGCCUGGAGAAUAAGAACUCAAUCUAAUGAAUUUUUGUCAAUUGAUGGUUUUGAUGUAAAAAAGUUAAUCGAACUUCCCUUUGGGUCAGAAAAUAAUCCUAUUCAGAGUGCCUUGUUGAAUGCUAUAUGGCCACAAUUUAGAGAGAGUGCUAUCAUGGAUUCAUCAACUUUUUCAGACAUUGAUCCAUUAAUGGCACCAACAUGGACCAUAACUCUCAAAAUAAAAAAUAAUAUUAAAUGUCAAUUAUCCGAAGUUAUCGGAAGGGUAAUGAAUCUGUUAGAAAAUAAUAAUUUACUGAUGGAUGUUCUGGGGUUGAGCAAAAGUUUGGGAUUGGUUAAUCCUUUAAACAAAAUAACAGAGGCCCCAAUAACAAUAUCAAAACUUGUGAAGGCAGCAGUUGGCAGGAACACAACAUCCUCUGAUUUCAAAGGGCCAAUAACAGAUGACCUUUUGAUGCCUCUAUUGUACUAUGUAUUUCCGGAUGCAGUUGAAGAUAAUGACUUCCCAUAUCUUAAAGCAUUGAUCAAUGAAAAGGACACCAGUGAUCCAAAAAUUUGCAACUAUAUAAAAGCUAGCCCGGAGGAUGGACUAGUGUGGCGGCUAUCAGUAACUGCAGCUCGAUUGUUAGAAGCAGGUGGUUUACCUUAUUUAGCACAUUUUUGGUAUGAGCUAGUGCAAGAACUUCAGUAUCGCUGGGAACAUAAAAUUUUAGUGCCAGGUAUAAUGUCGGGAAUGCCCAAUGCUCGGACAUGUUUGCUCCACCAAAAGCUGCAACUGCUGAACUGCUGCAUUCAGCGGGCUAAAGACGGACGCGAGACUCAAGUGGGAAAUUCUUCCGAGGACGAGUUUUACGAUUGCUCCGAGAACGAGGGCGCCGAGGAGCAACUACCCUGGGACAGACCGGUCGGGCGCCUCCAUCGUCUGGAAAAUGCGACGCUUAAAAAUGGUGCUCCUCUUUACGUUCCUUGUACACAGGAUCCUGCUCCGAAGACUGAGGACCAGUUGGAGGAGGACGCGGAGCUGAUGGUCCGGCUCGGCGACGAUGCGAAGGCCUCCGAACUGCGAGCCAAAAUGAUGAGCGCCUCCCUUCUCUCGGACAUGGAGGCGUUCAAGGCCGCUAACCCGGGGGCAGAGUUGUGCGACUUCGUGCAGUGGUACUCGCCUCGUGACUGGAAGCCCGACGACGGGGGCGGCCUGGGAGAUCGAAUGCUGCUGCCCGGAAACCCUUGGGCAGAGGCGUGGACGGUGGCACGACCGGUGCCGGCCUCUCGACAGCGGCGGCUAUUUGACGAGACUCGCGAAGCCGAGCAGGUCCUACAUUUCCUUCGCUCGAGGACCGUGAGCACCGUCGCCGAGCUCCUCCUUCCGGCUAUUCUGAAGGCCGGGGCGGCUAAGGCAGUCGCGGAGGGGGCGACGGGGGCGUCCGCGUGCAUAGGAGGCGUGGACAAGAGAAGAACGUUCGAGAUAGCCGCCCGCGAGCUGCUCGAAGUGGAGAAGGAGGCGUGCAGAUCUGUCAGCGUUAAGAAAGUUUUGGGGAGCAGCGACGAGGGUAAGCCGCUCGACGUAGCCGGCAGGUCCCGGGUGUUAAGCGCGAUGGGCGGCACCCUACCGGCGCCGACGCGGCGGGAGUUCACUCUGCGGGUGAAGGACGACGUGGGCCCACAAGUGAUGCGGGCGGCGCUGGCCAACGACAUGACGAUCGUAGGGGCUUUCACGGAGCGGAUUGUUGUUUUAUAGUCACUAACUGUACACCACGAGUACUGUUUAUUUGUGUUUUGCGCUACCUGGUCGAUUGCAUUGCUAAUCUCAGUAACACGAAACAAUUACAUGACAAAAUUAUAGCGUCGAAUCGUUUGAAGAAAAUCUGAUUUGCGCUGAUGUUAUUUACGUAUAUUAGUAGUUAUAUGUAUAUUAAUAUAAUACUAGAGAUCGC